AUGAUAGUAAGACAUGGAGCUAGAUAUACUUUACAUACAGAGUUGCUAUCCGGAUAAGAAAAAGAAUUUUAAGAAUAAUUAGAAGGAUAAGUAACUCCAAUAGGAAUGAGAUAAUUAUAUAAUUUAGGUUAAAAGAUGCGUAAAGAAUAUAUACUUAAAUAAUAGUUAGCAAAUUUAAUAUAUAAUCACUAGGAAAUAGAGAUAUUAUCUUCCCAUUCUAAGCGAGCAGUAUAAAGUGCACAUAGCUUUAUGGUGGGGUUAUUUCCUUUAGGUUCGUAAUAUAGUAUACCUGAAGACAUAGAUUAAAAAUUAUUGAUUCCUCCAUUUACGUUUGAUGAAAAUGAUGACAUAUUAAAUUAAAAAUUUGAUAAUAAUUAUGCUUUGCCGAAUGGAUUUUUCCCUUUUGUAAUCAAAACAGAAAGUGCAUAUUUAAAUAUGUUAAAAGCAUAAUGCCCUAAUAAGAAAAAAUUAUAAAAAAUAAAUUAGAAUAAAUUUAGAACAUAUUUUCAAGAAGAGCUAUUCAAAAUGUAUGCAGAUGAAAUAAAUGAAAUAAUUAAAAAAAUGAAAAUCUAAGUAAUUCCUGAAAUUUCAAAUAUUUCGCAUAUUGCUGAUGUCGCUCUCUGCCAAAAGUUUUUAGGUAAACCUUUCAAUAUUUCUGAUUAGGAAUUCCAACUUCUUUAAUAUCUUAAAUCUGUUUAUAAAUUUAAAACAUAUUAUACAUUAGAAUAGAUUAAAUUAAUUAUUACUCCUUAUUUUAAAUAUCUAAUUGAUCAAUUUGAAUCUAGAAUUAAUAAUCAAAAUUAACUAAAAAUGACUAUUUCAUGUGCACAUGAUACAUAAUUAAUACCUAUGAUGGUCGUUUUAGGAAUUUUAAAUAUUGAAUGUAUCCAUGAAAGCUUUUUGUAAAAAAAUAAAAUAAAAAUUGCGAAUUAUUUCCCCCUUUUGCUUCCAAUUUUAUUAUUGAAUUAUAUCAAAAUGAUUAAAAUUAAUAUGAAAUAAUGAUUAAGUAUAAUGGUAAACACAUUAGUUUUUGUUCUUAAAACAAAGAUAUUUGUCCAUAUUAAGAAUUUAAAAAAUUGCUUGAAAG